AUGUUCUACAGUUAUGAUAUUCUUACCUCCCCUGAGCAUGGGGUCGCUACGAUCUGGCUCGUCGCAACCCUAGGUUCCAGAUCGAUUGCAAAAAGGCUGAAUAAGAAGGCGAUCUUGGAUGUCGAUGUGUCUAGGGCUUGUAACGUCAUUACGAACCCUGAAGCUCCAAUGGCGUUGAGACUGCAGGGAAACUUGCUGUACGGAGUGUCAAGAGUUUACAGUCAGCAAUGUAGUUAUACUCUCACUGAUGUGCAGGCGAUGCAUGACAAGAUGAGGGCAAUGUUGAAGGUCUUGCCUGGAGGAGGACUGGAUCCUGCUGCUGGAAAGGCGAGACCCGACCAGCUCGUCCUCCCCGAUGAUCCGUCUUUCGUACCCGAAAUCAACCUCCCCGGACUUGGAAUCGACCUCUCCAAGAUUACCCUCGAGCCACAAGCAGACACAAGCCGUCAUAACAGCUUCCCAUGGACCAAGUUUCCAGACCUCAGCCAAACCCUCCCGGAGAAUCUCAGCCUCCAACUCGACCUUUCGUCUGAAGAUAUCAUGAGAGACUUUGGUGGGUUUGGCUCGCAGUCCGAGACCAGUGGCUCUAUCCAACGAAGGCCUCUGGGCAGGAUUGCUGCGGGGGCAUUGGACGAUGAAGCUGGAGUGUUGUUGCAGCCUGAUUUCGAGUUUGACGAGGAUGGAAAUAUUAUUGAACUUUCUGGGGAGCGGGAGCGUCGCUCGAACAUCCUGCGUGAUCAGUUUGGUGGAAGGCACUUGAGUGAGACGCCUCUUCCUGGGACGGGAGAUAAUGAUAUUUCGUGGGAUUAUCAGCCAAUGCUAGUAGACAACGACGAAGGCCGCGAUACCCACGCUCACAACGCCGCGACCCCCAUGCAACCCGCUAAAUCCAGACAGCCUUUUGAGAGCUCACCAGCGUAUGAGCCCGAAAAUAACCAAGACGAACAAGCAGUUACAGCGCGGCAGUCUCGCAGAGCACCAAGAGUCGUACCAGCAGACAACCAAACAGCCCUACGCAAUACCGAACUAGCACAAAUCAACAACGAAUACAUGAAGAACAUGGCUGCUAUACUCAAGCAGAAGCAGAGCAACAAAAUACCCGCUCAGGCGAAGAAGAACGCCGUCUUCUGGGUUUUCGGUCUGGGAAUCGGUUCUGUGGGCGUUGGUCUGGGUGCGUCCCAGAUGCCGCAUCCUUUGCAGGUGUUUUCUGGUGAUGAGUUAUGUGCUGCUCUUAACCCUCAGGAGAAGCGGAAAGCGCGAAAGCGAACACGUUGCGCGGAUGAUGAUGAAGGUGAUUCCGAUGAAGAGGGAAGGCGAGUCCGUGCUAGGGGAGAAAGUGAAGAUCAGAUCGGGCGUGGUGGUGAUGAAGUCGAAAUCGGCCGCAACGCCUCACCCGCACUCCGCGAUGACAACUCCCAGAUGCCCUGGAACAUCACAGCCUCAGUCCAGAGCUCCCGCCACGGCUCAUCUGCGAAUAUCUUCCGCGGGCUCGGAAGCGUCAGUGAAUUAUCAUCCCGCGGCAUGUCCGAGCCGGCGAUUAUCCAGCUGCCAGGAUUCGGUAGACCCCGAAGCCGACUCACGAGUGCUAGCCCCCUCGCUGGUCGAGGGUUUUCUUAUGAUCUCGAGUCAUUGAAUGGUCUUGAGGGUCUUGAGGGGGAUAUUGAUGUAUAUGGAGACUUUGAUCUGAGUCAUUACUUGCAGGCUGAGGUUGAUGGUGAUGGGAAUGUCAUGCUUCGCAAUGAUGACGGCGUGAAUGCUUCCGCGCAAAAGAGGGCUAGAACUAACACCCAUGGUACCGAUAGCCAGCAGCGCUACUCACAGGAACAAGUUCUCCAGUCAUCCCUCGAUCAGGAUACCGUGAACUUUCUCGACUUUAUGUACGCGCAGUCGCUCGAUCUGCCUGAGCAGCAGCCAGAGACCCAAGAAGACGGAGACGAAGAGAUGACAGGAUUUUCAACUCCACCUCGUCAAGUCUCCGGAGUGAAAGAAAUUACAUUCUCGACUCUUCUGCCGCCGAAGGAAACGACUCGCACUGUGGCUACGCAUGCACUCAUGAACGUCCUUACUCUUGCUACGAAGGGCUUUCUUGAGGUCCAUCAGGAGGAGUACGAAGAUCAGAGUAGUGAGGAGCAUGGGGUGCUUUAUCGGUAUGGGGAGAUUUCCAUGCGGUUGCCGUGA